CAGGGGAACAGCUAGGGAACUUACGCUGGAGCCACUUGUCUACGACUCAAUGAGACCGUUGGAUUUGAAUUGGACUGAAUUGAAUCGAAGUGAAUUGGUUGAAUUGAAUUGGAUUGAUCAGACUGAAAUAGACCCUCGCUGAGUAACCUGGAUUGGAGGAAGGUAUACAGACCGUGGGAUGAGCUGCUUGUUUACACCAUGGAGAAGACGCGCCUAAUGGAAAUGCUCUUUAUUACUUUCAAUCACAACGUCACUUUCCUGGGGAAGACGUGGUUGAUCUUAAUGGUGGUCCUGAGACUACUCAUCCUCCUGUUCUCUGGCUAUCCCCUCUUCCGGGACGAGCAGGAGCACUUUGUGUGCAACACCAUCCAGCCGGGCUGCACCAACAUCUGCUUCGACGGCUUUGCUCCCCUCUCCCUCUUCCGCUUCUGGCUGUUCCAACUGAUCAUGCUCUGUCUCCCUCACAUGAUGUUCAUUUCGUAUAUCGUCCACAAAGUAUCGUCAGCGCUUCGUAUCGGAGGGAACUAUUUCCCCGGCAGCAGAAGUCCGGCAGGGGCUCUGUGUACCCAUCAACAUUCCCUACCAAAAGGGACGCCUAACUUUCUAAGGGCCUACCUCCUGGACCUGCUACUGCGUAUCUUACUGGAGGUAGCGUUCAGUACCGGACAGUACUACCUCUAUGGCUUCUCUGUCCCCAGGCGCUUCCAGUGCUAUGAGUCCCCCUGUACGUCCAUGGUGGAGUGCUACAUAUCCAGCCCCACAGAGAAGACCAUCAUGCUCAACUUCAUGCUGGGGGCUGCCUCCCUGUCUCUGCUACUGAGUCUGGCGGACUUGAUGUGCUCCGUGCAGCGCAUGGUGACACAGGGGAGAAGAGAGGAGGAGCUGAAGGAAGGAGGACUGUUCAUGAAUGAAGGAGUUGGGGAAGAUAUUGAAGUCCUGUAUGCCCAGAACGCUCUUAAAACUGUCCUAAAGAGAGGACAAAGUCACAUUGACAAACCGACCUCGAGGUGUAUCCCAAACAGUGACCUUUCACACGGACGAGUGAGAAUAAACAAUGAGACCCAGGUAAGGGUGGCUGCCCCACCCCUGCAGGGGAGAAGGCCACCGCGGAGAGCUGCAAGGAUGGAGCCUCCGCCACCAUUGAACGGUCGCUUUGUUCAUCCAAACCACAUCUCCCAUUCAUCUCCAGUCCCCCUCUCCCGGGGGUUAGAGAGAAACCCAGUGGUAGUCUCACGCCAGUCUACCCCCUCGCCAAUGAACAGUGGCCGGAGGCACGGCUGCUACAACGUGGUAGACUCAACACUCCUGGAGCAGCAUUAUGAUAGUGCAGAGUCCCGUGACAGACUCCAGGAGGAAGUCAUCCUGCAGGAAGUGGGGGUAAGGGGCACCUCAAGCUCCUCCAGUGGUUCUUCUUCCUUGUCAGAUGCGCAAUAAAGUUUAUUUGAAUUGUUUAAAUGUAUGUAAUUCUGUGCAAGGGCGAAACACAACAAUGUGACUGUCUUUUUUUUUUGUUAAACAUUGAUGAUUUAUUCAUUACUUACACUUGAAUGAAUUUUCCUCCUGAAUGUUAUAAUGGGCUAUACAUUACAUUUUGCUGACUUUAUACUUAGUGACCACCUUCUGUCUAUAGAGCUGUUUGUGUUGGCUUACAGAAUUAGAAUGAGUGACUCAAACAAUGCCAGUUGACCUUCAAGGACAAUGGUGGCAGCACACAGCUGUUGUUCAGCUCAAAUGUUUUUUCAUUGGCUUCACCAACAACAGUCAGACAAGACUGACAUGCUCCGGCCCCACUGAACGUCACUUGGAGAACUGAUUACCUUAAAUUAAAUGUCAAGCACAAUGCGCUUCUCUGCAAUGCGCUUUGGAUUGAAUCCUGUCCAAAGUCUUCAUCCAGUGUAGCAGUAGUGUAGGAUUUCAAACGAUCUUGAUUUUUUUUAUUCUACUUUAUUUUAUUUUUUAUAUUUUUUAUAAAUCAUUUCAACUACC